GCUAGCAUAGAAAUAGCAAUACCAAACAGAGUAUAUACUUAGCUUAGCCUUUCAUUAAGCAUGUUUGGUAACAAAAUAAAAACGACCCUACUACAACAAACAAAAACAAGAGCAAACGGUUUCGGGUACGCGAUGAUAUCAAAGUCGCAAUUAAUUAACUACCAUAUUUGACACUUUCCCUCCUUCGUAUAUAAAAAUGAAAAACCUCUUUCUCCAAAAUGGAAUAUACUCACUCGCGCCCAUUCCAUUCUCUAUUUCAUCAUCAUCACAGUUUCUUCAUUCUCUCCUCAGAUCUACUUUCUCUCUCUUACGUUCAACGAAUCAAUGAAUUCUCAUUCUUGUAUUCUCAACCACCUAAAUCUCCAUUUCCGUCUCUCUCCUAUUCAUCGCCGUAUUCAUAGCCUCUAUCCUCCAUCUUCUUCCACCUCCUACCUCCAUUGGGCUACUAUCAAGUUACAUCCACUCGUAAUUCAACGUUACAGCUCUUAUGUUCGACGUAAUGCCUCUACCCGAGCCUUCGACGAGGAUUCAUUUGACUUUCCGAUACUUGAUGAUUGGAGUCCCGAAGAGAGUACUUCAUAUGUGCUCUCAUCCAGUGAUGGUGAAGACUUUGAUGGAGAUGUCUUUCUUACCCCAGUGAAUGAUGUUGAUUUGCCUUCUUCUUCUGCAUCAAAUAAGGAUGCUUUAACGGUGGCUGCUCAUCGGCUUGUAACCAUUGGGAGGGGACAGAAGAAACAUAGGAUCAAAGUCGGCCUUUUCAUGACUAUGGGGCUUGUAAUCGGCUUGACAGUACUGCUUUUAUAUGUAGAUUGGUGUGUAUGGAAAAUUGUUAGACUGCCGUUAUCACCUUUUUACUUGACCCGACCAUUUCUCAUAUCAGCCAUUUUGGUUUCUUUUGUUGGCUAUGUUUGUGUCCCGAUUUUUGGUCAUUUUAAAUCUAUCCAUGUUAUAAAGCAACAAGGGCCUCUUAGACAUCAACAUAAAAGGAGGACACCCACAUUGGGUGGUUUAUUUUUUGUACCUAUUGGUAUAAUUGUUGCUCAUGUUAUUACCGAGUCCUCGUCUAUAGAAGUGGCUGGGGCAUCUGGUGUAACAAUUGCAUUUGCAGCAGUCGGUUUACUUAGUGACAUAUUAAACCUCACCAAGAAUCAUUGGAGAGGUUUACCGGAAUUGGCAGAAGUAUUCUUGGAGGUAGCUGUUGGAACGUGCUUUUCGUUUUGGUUGGACAUCACCAGUGUAUCUUCACCCUAUGGCAUGAAGGCAUUGCUCCCACUACCACUAGGCCUUGUGCAUUUGGGGCGAUAUUACCAACUCUUGACCUCAUGUUGUUUUGUUUCCAUGGGACAUGGUGUUAAAUUAGCAGAUGCUCUUGACGGACUUGCUGGAGGCACUGCUGCACUGGCUUUUAUUGGAAUGUCAAUAGCUGUGCUUCCGAUAUGUUCUGAGCUUGCUAUAUUUGGAGCUUCAAUGGCUGGAUCUUGUGUUGGAUUUCUUCUUUACAACAGAUACAAAGCAUCUGUUUUUAUGGGUAAUACAGGAUCUUUGGCCCUUGGUGGUGCAUUAACUGCAAUGGCCGCAUUUACCGGAAUGUUCUUCCCACUAUUAAUUGCUUCUGGAAUUUUCAUAGUCGAGUCAUCAUCACUUGUUCUUCAGGUAUUGUACUUGAAAGUAACCAAGGGUUUGCUGGGAGGAAGUUGGCGCUUUUUGAGAAUGCCAUCCUUUUAUCGGCGACUCCAUCUGCGCAGCAGGUUCAGAGAGCCAAAUAUUGUACUAGGUGCAUAUCUGAUCUCAUCUGUACUGGCUUUGCUUGGCGGAUAUGUGGGUCUUAUUUCAGCGUAAUAACUUCUGAGCCACGUGAAACUUCUCAUUCUUACCUGAUACAAUAGCAAGACCAUAUCCUCAUUAAGUUGAUCUAGAACACCAACCAAUACAAGAGUGGUUGUUUUACACACUUCUCAUUGCUACAAAACUUUCACCUUAUCUUUUUAAAAAUAAAAAUAAAAAUAAUCCUUUUAUUUAAAGUACAAUUUCAGACAUUGGUGGGAUAGAAUAUUGACUUUAGCAUUGUAUGGUAAUAUACUUUAGGAGUUUGUAGAAAAGUGGAGUAUACUUUGUAGACAUUGAAAAUAUUAUAUUUUUCAUCACAGUUGUAGUACUUAAUUUCCAACACAUAUUCAAAAAGUGAGUGAACUAGAGUGAGAAUUUUCGCAAGAUUUGUUGUAGCAUCGUAUGGGAAGUACUGUAUACUCUAGAGAUUGUUCAGAAGUACUAUACCUUCUAGCUGUUGAAAAUAUUAUGGGUUUCAUCCCCGUUGCAGUACUUUUCAUUUUUAAUAUAGAGUGGUUCAAAAA